AAAAGUAUUCGUCAGGGUGAUCCAUUAUCACCAUUUUUAUUUCUCACUGUUGCUGAGGGUUUAUAUGGGAUGGUGACUGCAGCAAUUGAAAAGCAACUGUAUAAGGGAGUAAAGGUGGGCAAUGAUGAUAUUAUGGUCUCGCAUCUUCAGUUUGCAGAUGACACCAUAUUUUUCGAGGAGGCAACUGAUGAAAACAUUUGGGCUAUCAAACGCAUAGUGAGAUCCUUUGAGUUGGUUUCAGGACUGAAAAUCAAUUAUGCUAAGAGUCAGCUCAUGGGAGUGAGAGAGCUGAGGAAGUUCAACUUAGCCUUAAUGGGGAAAUGGUGGGGAAGGCUAGCAAGAAAAGAACAGGGGUUGUGGGAUAAGGUUAUAGCUAGCAAGUAUGGAGGGAGUGGAGGCCAUUGGCUUGACUGGGUAAGGGAGGGAAGGGGAAUAGGAUCACUAUGGUGGAGGGAUGUGGGCUGUCUCAACAAUGUCGAUGAGGAGAAAGAAGGGUGGCUAACAGAGGGAAAGGAGAAAAAAUGUUGUCAAAUGGGCAAUGAGGAAGACGGAACAUGGAGGUGGAAUCUAGAGUGGAGGAGAGCCUUAUUCGACUGGGAAAGAGAGGAAGCAGCAGAAUUACAACGAAAGAUCGAUAGCAUGCGGAUAUACAAGGACACCCCCGACACAUGGAAAAUAUCAACAAAGAGCAACCUGCAAAGAAGAGGAAUAACCACUGAAUUGGAAGAUGGAAUCUGUGCUUUAUGCGAGGAGGAGGUCGAGGACUCGAAUCAUCUUUUCCUGAGGUGCAAGGUGGCAAAGUGGCUAUGGAAGGCUUGUGGGAAAUGGUGGGGAAUCUCAGUUAAUUUGGAAAACGAUUGCUGGAAAUCUUUUGAGCAGUUUGGGGGGCUUGAACCAUACUUGGCUGAAAAGGUCAAUAUGAUAGGUGGGAUGGAUUGAACCACUGCAGGUAGUUUAAUAGGUAGCAUUGAGCAACUUAUUGACUCUUGUUGGCAUGUAGAUAGAGUUAGUAGAUGCUCAAUAUGUACCUAUUUUGUAGCAUGGGCUGGAGUACCUCUUGUACUCUAUAUAAUAAACUAUAUUUGUUGUG